AUGGGCCAAAUUAUGGGAUCAUACAGUGCUAGGGAAGUUGAUCUAUACAUGGAUGAUAAACCAACAUUCGAGCCUCAAGCUGGAUUUUCUUAUCAGAGAAAACCAAGAGAAAUGAUUGCUAAUGAGGCUGACCUUAUCUCAGCCAAGAUCCCAAUUGAAUACCGUGACUACUGCGCUCAUCAUCUGCUUGAAUACCAAAGUUGCCGCUAUAAAAACAUGCCAAUGUUGUACAAGUGUGCGCAUGAGAAACAUGCUUACUUGACCUGCGAAAAAGAUGAUUAUGUUCUGCGUAUGAAGGAGUUCGAACGUGAACGUCGACUGAGGCUACGCGAGCGACGUGUCGUCAGUGUUGCCUAA